AUGGCGACUGAAGCCCUCCCAGGCGGUUUGAUUGCCUUUGGGCCGGACGCAAACUGCACCCUUGCCCUCUGCCCCCUCGAGGCAAGCCUUCUCCAGUACCGCCCAUCCUUACCGGCUAGCAUCACAUUCAUUGCCGUAUUUGGACUUUCUCUCCUGGCACAUACAGCGCAGGGAAUUCGAUCAAAGACUUGGGGGUUCAUGUCUUGCAUGAUAAGCGGGUGUAUCUUUGAGGCUGUUGGUUACAUUGGCCGGAUCAUCAUCCACGACAAUCCUUUUGACUUUGGCGGUUUCUUAAUUCAAAUCAUUUGCAUUACAAUUGCCCCCGUGUUCUUCUGCUCCGCCAUAUAUGUUCUACUAUCUCAAGUGAUAAAUCUUCUCGAUCGAUCGAUUUCGCGUUGCGACCCUCGGCUCUUCUACUGGAUAUUUAUACCCUGCGACAUCGUAUCCCUCGUGCUCCAAGCAACCGGCGGCGCUCUGUCCUGCGUUGCCACAAGCAAGGCUGACAUCGAUGUCGGCGUGGAUAUUUCAUUAGCCGGGCUUAUCUUCCAGGUCGUCACGCUGACCAUAUUCUUCUUCUUAUUCGCCGACUACAUGAUCCUGUGCUGGAGGUCAGGGCCACGAGAAAAGCUCACCAGGCGGCUGCUAUUCUUUCUUUUGUUCUUGUCGCUUUCGGUGCUCUUCAUUCUCAUCCGAUGCGUCUAUCGCAUCGUUGAGUUACAUGAAGGCUACUUUAGUGAGCUCUUCCGGGAGGAAGUUCCUUUCACAAUACUCGAAUCAGGUAUCAUGUCAAUAGGUGUCAUAUGCCUCAACAUUGGCCACCCUAGUCUAGCUUUCGGCCGCCAAGGAUCUAAGCACAUGGAGCUGGAUCCGACUGACUCUGGUGAUUCUGCCUACGAGUUGACAAACCGCCUUGCAGUUAGCGCUGCGCUUGCCGCUGCCGCCGAGGAAUAG